UAUGGGCGGCGAGAACCGGUAAAGAUCUGCUUGCGCUGUGAAAUAUCUCUAGAAUCAGAGUAGGCUGGGCGCUCGCUAAGGUUUAGAAGCCAUGGAGGAGGCGAGAAUACACCUUCUCCUCGAGACGAUAGAGAAUGCGGAUGCGCAGUUCCAUCAGCAGAAGCAGUACUUUGUGGCUUCGAUGCACUCGCUGAUGCGGGUACUUCUUCCUCCCGUAAGUCUCAAGAAGAAGGUUUUAGAGGAGGAAGGGCCAGACCAGGAGAAAGCUAGGCCUUACCAGGUAGAAGGUGGUGUCUUGCUAGUGAAGGAGCAAAGGAUCUUCCAGGAGAAUGAAAAGGUGAGAGGAACUGUCAGCACAGCAUUUCCAGAACCAGAGCAGGAGCCAAACCAGGAAGAAGAGCAAUUUGCCUUCUCGGUUGCAAAUGUGGAGGAGGAAAGAGAGCAGGAGAAAGCAGGGCCGGACCAGGAAGAAUUGGGUGAGGAUAACGAAAAGGAGAGAGCUGUCAGCACAGUUGAUCAGGAAGAAGAACAAGUUGGCUCGGUUGCAAGUGUAGAGGAAGAAAGGAAGCCAGAUCAGGAGAAAGCAGGGCCUGAUCAGGAAGAUUUAGUAACGGAGCAAACGAACUUCCAGGAGAACGAAAAGGAGAGAGCUGUCAGCACUGUAGUUUAUCACGGCGAAGAACAAGUUGCCGCGGCUGCAAGUGAGGAGAAAGCAGGGCCUGACCAGGAAGAAUUAGUAGCGGAGCAAACGGAGAUCGAACAGGAGAAAGCUGUCAGCACAGUAGUUUAUCAGGAAGAAAAACAAGCUCCCUCGGUUGCAAGUGUAGAGGAAGAAAGGAAGCCAGACGCAGGGCCUGACCAGGAAGAAAUAGUAACGGAGCACACGAACUUCCAGGAGAGUGCUGUCAGCACAGUAGUUUAUCAGGAAGAACAAGCUGCCUCGAUUGCAAGUGUAGAGGAAGAAAGGAAGCCAGACCAGGAGAAAGCAGGGCCUGACCAGGAAGAAUCAGUAACGGAGCGAACGAACUUCCAGGAGAACGAAAAGGAGAGAGGAACUGUCAGCACAGCGGAGCAAACGAACUUUCAGGAGAACGAAAAGGACAGAGCAACUGUAGAGGAAGAAAGGAAACUAGACCAGGAGAAAGUAGGACCUGACCAGGAAGAAUUGGAGGUUAUGCUAAUAACGGAGCAAACGAACUUCCAGGAGAACGAAAAGGAGAGAGCAGCUGUCAGCACAAUAGUUUCAGAACCAGGUUCUGCAGAAGAAGAAGAGGAGAGCAUUCACUUGAAGCAGAACCUGGUUUCAAACAUGAGGUCAUUUCUCCCACUGAUCACUCAGCAAAAACCCACCGUGUCCAUCGCGACAAACCUGAAGUCAUUUGUCCCUCUCGUUACUCAGCAGAAGUCCAUCGCAAACGGAAAAAAAGACGUGCGCGGUAAGACAACCAAACGACCUUUAGAAGUCAAGGGUGACCUCGAGCGAAAGAGACUGAAGAAGCUGGAGGAAGAACAGAGGAGGAAAGACGAAGAGUUGAAGAACAAGCGGAGAAGAGUUGAUGAUGAGCUGAGGAUGAAGAAGGAGCAAAGGUUAGAAAAGGAGAGGCAAGCAGAGCGGAGGAGGAGGGAAGCGGAGGAGACGAAAGCCAACUGGUUCGCUAGCAGGGAGGCCGAGAAAAAGCGCAGAGAAGAAGUCUUCCAACGGAUGAAAAUGCUGGAGAAAGAGCAGCAACGACCUUUAGAGAAGGUAUCAGGCAGCCAAGAACUUUACGUUCAAAGGGAACAGUCGCUCGGGCUGCUCGGCCAUGCGCUUCGGGUACCGAGUGGCACGGCUCAACGCAAGGCAGUCUCACUGAGCGCUUCCAAAACGAGCCUGAAUGGUGUUGAGAGCUACCUGGGAACGCCAGCCGUGCUAGAUCACAAGCAACAGUUCUGCCCAUCUCUUUUGGGUGGUAAGAUGGUGGACGAGGACGAAGAAGAAGACGAAGAAGAAGAUCCAGGCCCAGCCUCCUACGAAAUCUCUCCUUACAAAAGCUCCUCUGACGACGACGACGACGAUGACAAGGAGAACCAAAAUCCGAGGAAGCCGAAGAGGCCCGUGAAGCCAAUACCGCGUUGGGCAAACAAGGAGAACCUGCUGCCUCAGCUAGCUAAACAGGCCCAGAUGGAUCCGGACAAGAUCUUCAAGGGAGCAAAUAGCUGCAGCUUAAACGAAGUGUUUGGAACUACUGGCAAUAAGAAACGCACAGAUUUUUCACAGCGCAGUGGCAGUGGCGACUGGAUUGCUGAUAUUGUCACUUGGAAAGAGGAGCUCCAAUACAAAAAGAGUAUGGGCUACUUAUAGACGCGAGACAAUGCGUUCUUCCUUCUAACAUAACAUUGUUUAUACACUUCGGAACACUCCACAGAUCGAUUCGCAAGAGCUUCCAAAAAUUUCUAAGAUUGAAACAUUUGUAUGGUUCUCUCAUUUAAAUUGGGCAAAAUUUCCCGC